GUCCGUGGGUGUCCGGUGGGAGUUGUGGGAGUUGUCUCUUUCGGAUGGUGGGGUAUGUAUGGAGUAUAAAAGGCCCCAGUCCGCCUCAGUAGCUGGUUCAGUGCUCAAAAUGUCCUCAAUGUACCACGGUGUAUUUCUUGUGCUAUUCCUCGGUGUUGCCACAGCCCGUCCGGAGGCUGGGUACUCAUACAGUGCACCCCAACGUCCUAGUUUUGCACCCCAACCAACUGCAUCGGGUGCUGGAUUUUCCGGAAGUGCUCAGUCCUUUGCUCCAGGACCUAGCUUUAGCGGUGGCGGUACGACACUUGUUCAGAAACACAUCUAUGUCCAUGUACCACCACCUGAGCCCGAAGAACCCUUCCAUCAACACGCCGUUGGGGGCGGUGGAGUAGCCCAGAAACACUACAAGAUCAUCUUCAUUAAGGCACCAUCACCGCCACAGCCUACACCGGCCCAGAUAGCCCAGGCUGCCCAGAACAGCGAAAAGACGAUCGUCUAUGUCCUAGUGAAGCGUCCUGAAGCACCAGAAGACAUUGUCCUACCAUCAGCUGCCCCAGUUACACCAUCCAAACCCGAAGUCUACUUCAUCCGGUACAAGACGCAACGGGAACAGGCUCCAGCACUACCCCAACCAACCCAUCCAGCCCCAUCUCUGCCCCAACCCAGUCUUCUGCCCCAGACCUCAGCUCCCAGUCCAAUUGGAAGGCCGGCCCAGCAAUAUGGACCACCAGGUGGAGCCCCAAGUGGACCCUACUAAUACCCCAGCAUAGACCUUAGUUAGCCAAACAACUCCGCCUGGACGUACGGUCCCAGGGAAUGGAGAGAGAGCCAUUCCUCAGGGACAAUGUCCAGGAAUUUAGAACAAAUAAAGUG